UGUCCCUGGAGUGACCUUGGGGGGUAAUGAGCUCUUGAUCACAAGUCAGGAAACUCAGAAUUUAACACCCCACCCCAUUACCCUCCCCUCAGCCCAUGCAGUCCUAACAGAAAAGAAAGAAACAGCCUACAGAGCCAUCGAGUGCUCAGCCCACAAAGAGAAAUAGUAUUGGAGAGACAGGACAGCAGGGCAGAGGUGUAGAUAAAAAGAGACUUGAGAAACCAUUGUUUUAAACCCUGACAUACAACUACCAGACCUCCAGAGCAAAAAUGACAGGACAGAAGCUGUGGACACAAGUGGCUGUCCUGGCACUCUUGGUGUUGACAGUGAUGGCAGCCGAAGGAGGCAAAGCAGAAAAACAAGGAAAAAAGGAGCGCAAAUCUGACUGUGGGGAUUGGUUGUGGAGCGUAUGUGUCGCCAACGAGGAUGACUGCGGACAGGGCACCAGGGAAGGAACACGCACAGGUACUCACUGUAAGCAGACCAUCAAGACCCAACGCUGCAAGAUCCCCUGCAACUGGAAAAAGAAGUUUGGAGGGGAAUGCAAGUAUGAGUUCGGUGAUUGGGGAGAGUGUGACCUGGCAACGGGGAAGAAGAACAGGACUGGGACUCUGAAGCGAGCGCUCAUGGAUGCGACCUGUGCUGCCACCGUCACGGCAACCAAGCCAUGUGGGAAAAUUCCCAAGACCAAGCUGCAAGCUCUUGGACCUCCAGUGAUAUAAGAAUUACAGGGAUUGUACACAGUUGGGGAAAAAUGCAAAGAAGCAAAAGAAAGAAGGGAAGAAGCGAGAUCGCACCCCAAUGGACUGAUGGGGUUUGUUUUUACUUUAAGCCAGCAAAUGGAAGAAGACUGUGGAAACAUGUCCACUGCCCUAUUUCAACCUGGUUCCUGUUUAUCUGUACUGUAGGCUGACACUGUAGUUUUGAUGAAAACAGUAAAAAAUGAAUUUUAGAGCCAAUUAGUUGUAUUUUUCUUUUCUAGCACCCAAUAAGGAACAUCUUGUAUAUUGCUGUAGUAAACAUAAUAAAAUGCAUUAGGGAUGGAUAAUGAGGUGAUUUGUUUACUAGAGGUUACACUUAAUUAUGUUAUCUUUUGGAUUUCUUUCUAAGGUACAAAUUGCCCAGGAUUUGUUUUACUGUUCCAUAUCCCAACUCUAAUUUGGAAAGGUUCUUUGGCCUGUGGUCUGAUUUAAUGAGGCAGUUUGUCAAAAAAGACUAAACAUUUUCAUUUAACUAAUUUGAGCUAAAAAAAAAAAGGUUUUGCGUCUUCAAUGUUUAGCAGGCCUAAUUUAACUGAAAGUUUUUUGUCUAACAGUGGUAAAUUUUCCUCUACAGUUUUGUCGAAAGGCUUCAGUGCAAAAAAAUGUCACGUUGAAGUUUAUCUCCUUUACCUCUUCUAUUGUACUUUAAUUUACACAUACUGUUAACGCUGUCCUCAGUAUAUCAUGGCUGCUUGAGGUUAUCACCUCCUGUGCUUCUUGGUGCAUUUCUGAUACUAAAAAAGUUAAUAAAAUGUAGAAGAAAAAAAAUACCAAAAGCAUUAAUCCUUCAUGAUGUCAUUUUGUCAAUAUAGUGGAUUUAAAAAAUAAAACGGUCUCAAAAACAA